ACAAGCAAUAUGUAAGAGACCCGCCAGGCUUUCGCUGAUUGGCUGUCUCCUUCCCUGGCAACCUCCCGGAUACCCAUUUAGAGGUAAGAAUAUGACCUCUAAGUCAGCUAGUAGAAUCCAUAAGGAGCUGGAGAUGCUGCACAAGCGCCCCAUUAAGGGUGUUACGAUUCUUCCUGUUCAAGACGACCUUCAUAGUUUGGACACCAUAGUUCAUGGAGCUGAUGAAUCAUUGUAUAAAGGAGGAAGAUUUAAAGUUCAACUGUUGAUUACAGAUCAAUAUCCUUAUGAGCCACCAGAGGUGCGUUUUCUAACUCCUAUAUAUCACCUUAAUGUGUGUCAGAAAACUGGACAAGUGUGCCUGCCAUUUCUCAUGAAAGACAAAUGGAAACCGACAUACACUUUUGAGCACAUCCUUCAAGCUCUUUACUCUUUGCUCAUUAAACCGGAGGAAGGAAAUGCUUUUGAGCAUAGUCUGUUGAAUGAAUUUCAUAACUACAGCCCCAAAUACAACCAAAAAGCAAUGGACUCGGCCUCAAAGGCAAAGGCGUGAAAAGAUUAUCAUAGUUGCAUGAACAGUUGUAAUAGAAAAUCAUGAAAUGUAGCAACUUUUUAUGUUUGGUUUGCUUUACCUAUUGAAAAUUCCAGUUAGGGUCAUCUGUGUAA